GAGAUUUGUUGUGGGUAGAUGCUAGGACGGAAAAGGUUUCAACGUACAGGCUGUGCUCCUGGUCCUGCUUUUCCUACGCUCACAGGAAUGUCUCACUGAGUCGCCUGCCUUAGCCAUUUGUUGGCUCGGAGGAAGCUUGUUUGAUCAAGUGGUGCCUUAAUCUCGGUCGCAUUGAGCUAAGCCCUGAUAGCCUUGAGAAGGAUGAUGCAUAUCCUCGCUCUACUGAUGCUUGGCAAGUCGCUCGCUCCUUGUAUGGGUAGCACGGCUGGUGCUGGCUUCGUUCAGUACAAGCGCAAGCUCAGUCAGACGGUCGGUGACGACUUCUGCCAAGGGAAGACAGGGCUUCACGCCGCACCGGCGGGAGCUGAAGGCAAUGAGGACUGCCGGGGCUACUACAACUGUUGGCAUGGCAAUGAAGCCAUGCAGCUGUGUGGCUCGGGCUUGCGCUUCAACCCAGCGACCAAGAAUUGUGACUGGAAGGACAACGUGCUUUGUGAGGUGAUCACAACUGUUUCCCCUAGCACAACCGUGGCGCCAAGCACCACAACCCCCAGCACCACAGGGCAAGGCACUACAACAUCUCCCGCAACGACAAGCAGUUCAUCUACAGAUCCGUCGGAGUUCUGCCAAGGGAAGACUGGCUUGUAUGCCGCCCCUGUGGGCAUGGUGGGCAAUCUAGAUUGCAGGGGGUAUUUCAACUGCUUCCAUGGAAACGAACCAAUGCAGUUGUGUGCUGAGGGCCAACGCUUCAACUCCAAUCUCAAGAUUUGCGACUGGAGUGCCAAUGUCCCCUGUACAGACACAUCCACCACAGAUGGCGGCACCACCACCACUACCACCACCGCUGCUCCCUCAACGACAUUGUCAACCACGGUUGGAUCCACAACUGUCUCCACGACGGCUGCAUCCACAACUGUCUCCACGACUGUCUCCACAGCGGCCUCAACUACUGCUGGGUCUACGACGGUCUCCUCAACGACCGGUGGCAAUAGUGGAAAGAUUUUUGUGGCCUACUUUGCCAAUUGGUUCCAGUGGUGGCCUGAGCCCUAUAAGUUCAUGCCCUCCGACAUCCCGGCAGACAAGAUCACCCAUCUCAACUAUGCCUUCGCCAUGAUCCACAGCAGCACCUUUAAGAUUCGACACUUUGAAGACAACGAUGUGAGCAAUUGGGGCACUGGUACUUGGGAAACACCAUGUAGCCAGCAAUCUGAGUGGUGUUCGAAGGGCCUUUACGAACAGGUGAACGACCUGAAGGCGACCCAUCCACAUUUGAAGACCUUGAUUUCCAUUGGAGGAUGGUCCUUCAAUCUUCCCGAGAGCGAAGAUGCCGAAAGCGCCACGCGGAUGAAGCGCCUGGAUAGUGGCUGGAGCGAAUACGUCUUCUCAGACAUGGUGAGCACAGCCGAAAACCGACAGAAGUUUGUGGACUCAGCCAUCGACUUUUGUCGCACCUGGGGGUUUGAUGGCUUGGACUUGGAUUGGGAGUAUCCUGGUUACAUCGGCCGUGGGGGCCGCACCACCGACAAGGCCAACUUCGCUCUGUUGCUCUCAGAGCUCCGCAGUGCCUUCGAUGCUGAGGGAUCCGCCACGGGGAAGGCACCCCUCUUGCUGACAGCUGCAGUGGGCAUUGGACCAACAACUGCGGACAACGCCUACGACGUGCCGGCCCUGAACCAAUACUUGGAUUUCAUCAACUUGAUGACCUAUGACAUGUAUGGAGGCUGGAGCCCGGAGAAAACAGCCAUUCACAGCCAACUCUAUGCGGGCCCAGGUGAUUCCUUCGGAGAUGGAGUUCCGCUGAGUGGUGAGUAUGCAGUGAAUGACUGGAUCAGCCGUGGUGCCAGCGUCAACAAGUUGGCCCUGGGCCUGGUGACCUAUAGUCGUAGCUUCCAACUCCAGAGUAGUGCUGCUGGUCAGGGCCCCGGCGCUGCAGGAGUGGGAUAUGGUGCUACCCAACCCUACAGCAAACAAAAAGGCCUGGCCAGCUACUAUGAGAUCUUGACCUUGAUCAGCCAAGGAGCCCAGAAGUCUUACGAUGCAUCUCGUUGUGGGGCCUAUCUCCAAAAGGAUGAUCUUUGGAUGGGUUUCGAUGACGAAGAAAGCGUACGAUGCAAAGCUGCCUUCAUCAAGGAGAAGGGCCUCAUUGGUGGCUUGAUGUGGGAUCUCCCAGAAGAUGACUUCCCCAACGGGUCGCCCAUCACGACGGCCUUCAGCCAAGCGCUGGGGCUUUGACGGGCUUUGAGCAAGCCGAAGGUGUGGGUGGCCUGCUAGGCUGGCAGCCUACGGCUUCACCUUUGUUUUUCGAUAAAUUCUUGAUUGUUGAUCAGCUGCUAGUCCACUUUCAGAAAGGAAAGUGGGAUUUGCAAGUUGUCAAGAUCGAUGAUUGUGCAUGUUUUGAUUUUGGCGCCGGCACUCUGACUAAGACUAUUCGUGACCACUUGUAAACUCAGGGCUUGCCUGGUGCUCGUGGUACACGUGACUGGCCUGGUAAAGUGGAUCCAGUCUCUUGCACAGCCCCCCGGGUCACUUUCCAUGGUUACACCAACCAUGGGGGUCACCAGGGGGUGCCGGAACGGGAGCGGCGCGUUUAUGCAUGAAUUGAAUUUGAUAACAGUACAGGUACAA